AUGGCGGAGGCGGUGCCGGCCUCUCCUGCGGGCGGCCUGGGCCUGCACCGUGGUAUCAUUCAGUGGCUGGUUGACAAUUUCUGCAUCUGUGAAGGGUUCAGCGUGCCCCGAUGUCUAAUGUAUGAGAUUUAUGUCGAGACCUGUGGGCAGAGUGCUCAGAACCAAGUCAACCCAGCAACGUUUGGGAAGCUCGUGCGCUUGGUUUUUCCUGACCUGGGCACCCGGAGGCUGGGCACACGAGGAAGUGCCAGGUAUCAUUAUGAUGGGAUCUACAUCAAGAAGAGCUCCUUCUUCUACGCUCAUUACUGCUACCUGCUGGGUAAGAAGAGCUGUCACAGUGGCAAUCUUGUUGCCUUCGGAAAAUCUCCUGACUACAGCACCGUUCUCCAGCAAGAAGAAACAUGUGAAAAUCAUUCACCAAUAAAGACGGACCCAAUGGGCUCACCAGUGUCUCCGUUCAGAAGAUGUCCGGUCUGGGAAGAAGAGCUGGCAAACAAGUACUCCUGUAAGCUGCCAAGCANAAACAAAGAGGAGUUUAUCAAGCUCGCUGCCAGCUUUCAACUGAAAUGGAAUUUUCUUCUCACCGCUGUGAGCAAAGCCAUGACCCUGAGCCACAGAGACAGUUUCGGCGCCUGGCAUCUGUUUCAUCUCCUGCUCUUGGAAUAUGUGAUUCACAUCCUGGAGUCAUGCAUAGAAGAGGAGGAGGAAGAGGAGGACCUGGGGAGCCUCCAGGACCUGCUGUCAGAUGACCAGUUCCUCACCCAGCCAGACCAGGCCCUUUUCCACCCUCUGGAUCCUUUGCCAACAUCGGAAUGUCUCGUCCAGGUAUUGCUGGAGGACAAGACCACUGAAAGCGCCAUGAAGCUCAACCUUCCCGUGGGACAAGAGGCCCUCAUAACCCUAAGCAAUGGACAGAGAUUUGUGAUUCACAUAUCAGAUGUGCCCCAAAGCUCAGAAGACACGUACUGCAGGAAAAGCAACUCGAACGUGCAAGGUGGUUUGCUGGGGUAG